UAUCUUGCACUUAAAGGCUUCAUAAUGUUAACUGUAAUAAGUGCUGCUACUGCUUUUUGAUCAAUAUCUCAUUUGCUUUAAGACCUAAAUACAUCCUCCAGGAUGUGUCCAAGCGUGACUGUAAAUGGGAUAAUGACACAUCAGAUGACUUAACAAAGAAAUGGAAGUAAUGUCAUAAACACAGCUUGUUCAAGAUCAAUGAAACUAACAGACCAAAACAACAUUUUCAGAGGUUAGACAUAGUAGGAGCUCUUAUAUCAAUAAUGCUUUAUAUUUUAAUGAGAAGAAGAGGUUUGGAAUAAUGCAUAAAUCAGCUGUCAUGCUGACAUAAUUUCAACAAUAAUUUCAGGUCUCACAACAAGCAGGUUCUUCACAUUUCCUCGUACUGUCCUUUUAUGCCUUCUUGUGUCCUCCAGCUGCGUAUUUAAUCAAACUUUAGCUGUAGCUGAUUUUUCAGGCUCAUCUCUAGUCGAUGUAGCUUCUGUCUUGUCGUGGCCUGCUGUAACUGGAAGCGAUGAAUAUUAUAUUACUCACUGCUUACUACAGCCCUGCCCUUUGCCGCUUUGGUUGCACACAUCUCCAUUACUUAGCUCUCCAUUACAUUAUUAUGCCAGCCGUCUGUGCCAAAGAUCACAUGGGAAGUUUACUCAGUGCCCUGCUUAGUGUUUCAGAUUUAUUUUCUUUUGUUGGUUUAUCUCGAGUGAAAACAGAGAUAGUCCAAACUUCCACUUUUGCAGAGAAAUUGUGCAGAUCAUGAUUUUGAUUUCCUCAAGAGGGCGGUGUAAUCAAACCUAAUCACAGAUUUUGUGUUUCACAGUUUCACUUGUUUGACUGGGAGUAAUUUGUUUAAAGGCAUUUCUGGGAUUUCGGACUCGUAACUUCCAGCUUUCUCACAGUAUAUGGCCUGCAGGCUAAAAAAAACUGUCCUGUAACUGCUGACCUGUAAGUGACUUUGCUAUGGUGCUUUUUUCACACCCUCUCUUACCUCACCUGCCUGUUAUUACCUCCCUAAAAUAAAUUCAGGUGACAGCUUGUGUCCUCGGGUCCUGGUAAACCAUUAUUCUGCAAAUCUGGGUCAAACUAUGGCUUCUCUUCUUCCACUCACUUCUUUCCACACAUUUAUCCCCUAGUUUCGUUACUCUGUGGCAACUUUCAGUCACAUAUUACAGACUUAAGCUUACUAUAUCUGCUACUAGGCAGAUUUAUUUAGAUGUAUUGGUUUGUGAAGGGAGGGCUAGCAGGGAAAGUGGGUGAUGUAUAUCUGUCAUGUGGUCUAAAUGUGAUGGUGUGGGUUUAUUCUUCAAUGGCAUUGCAGUCCUACUCAGCAUAAGCAGCAAACAUCUUACUCCUACUUACAUUCCUCUGCACCGUCUCACAAAUCCACAUGCUCUAUUGUUCUGUUUGUUCCUUCCCAUUUCGCACUGGGAUAUGGCUGCUGGCAUUGUAUAUUUUUCCAGGCCUAUCCCCUUCCCUGUCCUGAUUACGUGUCCCCUCACAGAUAUGCCCACUAAUGCCUGGGGCGCGUACCAAAAUUGUUUCUUUGGCAGAUCCUCAGGAAGCGGUGCAGCGUUCCCUGAGCGCUCGGGGCAUUGGUUGCUGGUCAUGUGACCAAAGGAAGGACCUUGUGAAAGUCGGUCUUCCUCCCAUCUCAAACUCAGCUGAGCAGUCAGCCUGUGUUUGCCAUCUGAGUCAGGUGGUGUGAUGAAACCUGCAUGUUUGUUAGACUGUGAUGAUUCGGAAGGAGGAGGCAGGAGGGAGAGGAGCUGAUUUAGCUUCCAGUAAGGACAUGUUAAAGGCAGGAAUUUACAAGGAGUGCUCACUCAACAAUCCACCACCCUGAGACUUGGAGUGUAGAUUAAACGUUAUGUUAUGGAGACUGUAGACAUCAGUAUGGCCCUUAUGGAUGACGUGGAAGCUGCAGUGAGUACAGUCCACGGGGCUGCCUUAGUGCACUGUGAAGAUGCAGACAGAGCAGAUUCUACAAGGAAUGAAGAGACAGCAAACGUAACAGAAACUGCCAAACAUGCGAAUGAGGACACGAGGAGUUUAACCGCUGCUGACAGUGUGGACAAUACGAGGGAUGAGAGCGCUGACAGCAUGUGCACAGAGGACAGUGCAGACUGUGCUGAUGUCACAAAUAGUAGGAACAUGGAAAUCGGUGACAGUACAGACUGCGGGGAUCACAGUUCCAAGGGCGCCAGUAAUGACAGUGAGAGUGACUGUGAGAGCAGCGGUGAGUGUACCUGCCUGGAGGCCAUGACGCCCGAUGGGCAGGACUACUACCUGAGGCUGGGCGACACCCCUCGACGGCGCUCUGCUCUGCGCCUCUCGCGCAUCAUUGCCCGCAAGCAGCUUCUGCGGAGGCUGGCACAAGAGAUUGAGGCUAAGGAGGCUUGUGACUGGCUUCGAGCAGCGGGAUUUCCACAGUACGCCCAGCUGUAUGAAGAUUCCCAGUUUCCGCUUGACAUUUCGUCUGUUAAAAGGGACCACGACUUCUUGGACCGGGAUCUGGUGGAGCCUCUGUGUCGGCGUCUGAAUACUCUGAACAAGUGCGCCUCCAUGAAACUGGACGUCAGUCAACCCAAGAAGAAAGGUGAUGACUCCGAUGAAGAUGAUCCAUUGGCUAUCAGUAAACGGUGGACGUUCGAGUGGAGCAGCCGACGCUGGUCUCGCCUACAAGACUUCCUGUCUGACAGCACCAAUGAAAGCAGCCCGACAGGUCAGGGGGAGGGUCUGCACAGCACAGUGAGCAGCGAGAGCGUGCUGACAGACCUGAGUGAGCAGGAGAUCACGGAAAUCUCCUCGCUACACAGCGAGGACUCCGCCUCUGCCAUGCCCGACUCUAUAUCGAUGGCCUCCCUCUCUGCUUCCUAUCAACCGCCACGGGAGCUUCCACACUACAACUCCCUGCCAAUCAAAAGCAGCCGCCAUGGGCAAGGGAGGCGGAAUAAAGCCAAAGAGUUUUUGCGGCGAAUGGAAAUAAUGCGUACUUGGGGUCCAUCGACGAGGCGCAAGGGCUCAAACCGCAGGCCGCCGCUGGUCAUCAGCGGGCCGGUGUUACAGGGGGAGGAACCUCAGGCGCUGCAGAUACUCCAGUGUACGCCUAUCAGCCAAUUAGAGCAGAGCCCUAAACACAACCACCAAACUGAUGGUGACAUUUCCCAAGACUGUCUUAGCAAGGAUUGUAAAGACCAGGUCACAGUGAGUGUAAGCCCCAGCAACGAGACUGUGGAGCUCACCGUGAAGGAGCCUGUGUGCAUAAAGCCCCGCACUGCCAGCAAGAGAAGCAGCAUGUAUCUGGAGGAUAUGGUGUUGCCUUCUCAGGGUAAAAGGACCGAAGGUCAGAGCCAGUUUGGCAGAAACCAGUUUCACUCAUAUGAAAACCUCCUCAUUCACAUCCCCAAAGACCAUAAACCAGGCACCUUUCCAAAAGCCCUCUCCAUAGAAAGCCUGGUGCCUUCCCCUGGUGACAGAAGCAAUGACCCUCAAGUACAUGCCCAAACUUCUCCCCGUGACAAUGGCCUGGGUGAACCCUGGUCUGGGAAACCUUUGUCUAAACCCUGUCCUGGAGCUCCACGGGGCAGCAGAGUGAGUGUUUAUGACAACGUGCCAGGCUCCCAUUUGUAUGCCAGCACAGGAGACCUGCUGGACUUGGAGAAAGAGGACAAUCUGUUCCCUCACCUGGAUGACAUUAUCCAGCAUGUCAGCGGUCUGCAGCAAAUUGUGAACCACUGGAGCCGUAGCGUGCUGCCCGAAGGGGAGACGGGGGAGGGGGAGGAGGAAGGGGAGGGCCAGACCACUCCCAGCGAAGGUGAGAGAGACGGGGUCUCCUUAAAUGACACAGAUUCAACAGGGACCAGCCGGGAGAGGAGAGACUCUGGAGUUGGGGCCUCCCUCACAAGACCACGUCUACGAUGGCCCAGUUUCAGAACUUCAGAUCACCUCAACCAGCCGGCAUCUUCUCUGCAGAUCAGCAGCCAAUCAGCGGGCCAGCUCAGCCUGCUGCAAAAGUUUUCCCUGCUCCGCCUCACCGCCAUCAUGGAGAAAUACUCGAUGUCCAACAAACACGGCUGGACGUGGUCUGUGCCAAAGUUUAUGAAGCGCAUGAAGGUGCCAGACUACAAAGAGAAGAGUGUGUUCGGGGUUCCCCUCAUUGUCCAUGUCCAGCGCUGUGGUUUUCCACUCCCCCUGUGUUUACAGGAAGCCCUCAGCCACCUCAGAACACAUUGUCUGGACCAGGUUGGAUUGUUCAGGAAGUCCGGCGUGAAGUCUCGUAUUCAGGCGUUGAGGCAGCAGUGUGAGUUGUCUCCUGACUGUGUGAACUAUGAAGACCAAUCAGCUUACGAUGUUGCCGACAUGGUCAAACAGUUCUUCAGAGACCUGCCUGAACCUCUCCUCACAAGCAAACUAGGAGAAACCUUCCUGCAUAUUUACCAGUAUGUCCCAAAGGAGCAGAGACUGCAGGCCGUCCGAGCGGCCAUCUUGUUAAUGCCAGAUGAAAACAGGGAGGUUCUGCAGACGCUGCUCUACUUCCUGCGUGACGUUACAUCGAUGGUGGAGGAGAACCAGAUGACGCCCAUGAACCUGGCUGUUUGUCUGGGGCCGUCGCUCUUCCACCUCAGCAUACUGAAGAGCGAAGCCUUAUCACCAAGGUCAAUUCAGAGGAAGUACACUACAGGCCAACCCGAUCAGAAAGACCUCAGUGAGAACCUGGCUGCCACUCAGGGCCUGGCACACAUGAUCACCGAGUGCCAACGUCUGUUUCAGAUCCCAGAGGAAAUGGUGACCCAGUCCCACAACUCCUACAUGGAAGCUGAGCUGAUGGUGCCCCCGCUGGACGAGCUUUGCAAAGCUCAUGAGGAGGAAGUGGAUGUGGACGAGGAAGAAGAAGAUGAGGAAGGAUCCUAUCAUGCACACCUUGAAAGACUAAUCCAGAACCUGCUGAAAGAGGCCAAAGAUAAGAGCAAAGGCUGGGUGUCUCGCUCAACUACUGACCAUACAGAACUGUCAUUUAAAAAGGUAGGAGACGGUAACCCUCUAAGGAGGUGGAGAGUGUGUGUCGAGGUGUCGGCAGCUCCCGCUGAGGUGCUGCAUCGGCUGCUGAGAGAACGCCCGCUGUGGGAGACUGAAUUACAGCAGGAGAAGAUUCUGGAGACGCUGGACAAACAGACGGACGUGUACCUGUACUCCUGCUGCAACAUGCCACCUCAACCCACCUGUGAAUAUGUGGUACUAAGAUCAUGGCGUACAGACUUCUGUAAAGGCUCCUCUGCGCUUGUUAGUGUGUCUGUCGAUCAUGAAGACAGCCCACCGAUAGGAUCAGUGAGGGGGGUCGUGCUGGAGUCACAGUACCUCUUAGAGCCCUGUGGGACUGGGAGGACCAGACUCACCCAUAUCUCCAGAGUGGACCUCAGGGGAAGAUCUCCAGAAUGGUACAACAAGGCAUUUGGUCACCUAUGUGUUAAUGAAGCCCAGAGGAUCCGCUCCUCUUUUCUCCCCUUAGACCAGACGAGCCCCGAGGCCAAGCUCUGAACCCCAGAAAUUAAGCUUUGUCUUGGGUCACACUGCCAAAGCAGCUGAGCCUGAGAACCAGUGACCCAGGAGGAUAAUCACCCAGGCAGUGGACUUUAGCCUUUUCACGGUGCUGAGCCAUAGGAAGCUUUACUGUACCAUACCGUACAUGUCACACACACAGACACACACACUGAAGGAAAGAGUAUUUGUGUCAUUUUAUCAGGUGUCUUUAAACAACAUAUCACUGCUUAUUUUUAUCAUAAAUCAUUAUUUUCCAAGCCUUUAAAAAACACAGAUUCAGUGUUUGUUUCCAGUAAAGUAAUUUAGUGAUUUGACACCAGGUCUCAUGUAUCCAUGUAGAUUAUUGGAAGUACAUUAUUAUAUUAUUAUAUUUCUCUGAUUUAAUCUUCCAAAUCUUCCAAUGACGAGGUAAGGAAGCCAGCACCAGCAGGUAUGAUCAUGACGAUGCUGCUGUAGUGGUUGGGUUAGUGUUUAAUAUGCAAACCUUCACCUGAUCACUUUCAUGGUUACUGUAACAGAGUACCUAACAGAAAAGUUAAAUAUAAGUUAUAUUAUAACAUAUAAUAUAAAUUAUAUGAAUAUAAAUACAACAGAUAUUAAUUAUCUUAACUAAUUUUACAUUACCUGCCUGACGAAUAUACAUGACAAAUUUGAUCAAAACAUUUCACAAAUUUUUUCUAUUAAUAGAAAAAUAGAUAAUGUUACUUCUGUUCUAAGUCCAUUGUAGAGUAUUUAUAUAAAAAAACAAUCACACAGCAUUGAUAGUAUGUGAUGAUCUUCAAAUCUAAACUAAUAAUACACUACUGCAAACCUCCAUGACAUGCAGGUUUGCUCCUUUAUCAAUGAAUACACGUGUAGUUGUUAAAUGAAAAACUACACAUACUGUAAAAUGCAAAGAAAACAUCUGUGCUCUAAAAAUACCAAGACCAGCACAUAGUUAUGUGUCAGCACUGUGUUGUGAAAGCUGCACUAGUUUCAGGUGAAAUGACUUUCACAGGGAUCUGAAUCACAUAAAGGGAAAACACUCAUCGGGUCCAUGAACGUGCUCAGCAAACA